AGUAGUCGAUCUUGUAGUAUACAGCUUAGGUAUUCUGUUUUUGUCAUUUUCUCCGGAAAAUCGGGAAACAACAGCGGAAGAACAGAAAAUGGCUUCAUGGAGCGUCAAAACAAAUGGCGUAACGCGCAGAGAAUAUAUGUAUCAGACACCGCUUUCCUCAAUGUUUUGACAAAUUCGUAACAACACACUGAUGAUAGCUUAAAGUUAGCUGCUACAGUUUACUUAAAUAUGAGAUUAAUUAAGUGCUGGAGACAAAUGCUGGGAAAUGGCGAGACUAUCUCUGCGGAAACUUUCUGUAUUUUGUCUAUGCAUUUCAGCAUUUAUUUUCCUCGUCAUCACUUUCCAGGUGGUGGAGGAGUUGGGUCAAUUUGAUGACCCAGUACACAGAUGGCAAGCGCAAGGCACUAGUGAUUUGUUGACAAAUGAGAAGGUAGCUAGCAGCUCAGAGGGCCAUUACCCAGUGAUUGUGUGGUGGUCACCUCUCACUGGGGAGCAGGGACGACUUGGGGAGUGUGGGAGUCACAGAUGCUUCUUCACUGUCAAUAGAUCCUACCACGCACUCCCCUCCACACACGCUUUCCUAUUCUAUGGAACUGACUUGAAUGUCGAGAGCCUGCCUCUUCCUAGGCAGGAGCACCACCACUGGGCUCUGUUCCACGAAGAGUCGCCCAAGAACAACUACAAGCUGUUCCACGAGCCUGUUAUCACCCUCUUCAACCACACGGCCACCUUCAGCCGACACUCGCACCUCCCCCUGGUCACUCAGCACCUGCAGAGCCUGGAGAGCCUCACCUCCCACUCGCACCUGGUGCCCCUGGCCCAGAAAAACCGUCUGAGGGCCGGGGCCCUGGCGCCGGUAGUGUACGUGCAGUCCGACUGCGACCCCCCGUCGGACAGAGACGUGUAUGUGGCCAAGCUCAUGCGCCACAUUCCGGUGGACUCGUACGGUCAGUGCUUGCACAACCGCGACCUGCCCACUCACCUGCAAGAGUCCACUGCCAUGGACGAGCAGGGAUUCUACGACAUCUUGGCCCGCUACAAGUUCAUCUUGGCCUUCGAGAACGCCGUCUGCGAUGACUACAUCACGGAGAAGCUCUGGAGGCCGCUGAAGCUGGGCGUGGUCCCCGUCUACUUUGGAGCGCCCAACAUUCGACAGUGGCUGCCCAGCAAUAGGAGCGCCGUGGUAGUCGAUCCCGACACACCGCCGGAGAGACUCGCUGAAUAUUUAAAGCAGUUGGAUGAGAACGACGAAGAGUAUUUGACAUAUCUGGAGUGGAAGCGCAAGCGCGAGGUGACCAAUGAGGUGCUGGUCUCAGAGAUGAAGUAUCGUCCAUGGGGGGUGCAGGACCUCACCCAAAAUAACUAUAUAGACGCGUUUGAGUGCAUGGUCUGUGACAGGGUGUGGGAGAACAUCAACAGACGCAAGCAGGGCCUACAAUCAAAAACCUGGCAAGCGGAAGCAGACCACUUGAGAUGCCCUCGACCAAGGCUCUUUGACUUUGAUGUAGGCCCACCAAAAGGGCCGUCGUUGAGAAAUAUAUGGAGGCCAAGUUAUGACCAGUCAGUGAAAGAGGCCAAAGCAAUGAGACGCUUAGUUGUUAACAACAGCAAUUUUACAGUUGCAGAUUUUUGGAAAGAGGUGUUUAGCUUUUAACUGUAGAUAGAAUGAAGUUUGACAGUAAAGCUAAUUACUUCUAAUGUUUACCCUAUGGAUUGUGCACAUUUAGUUAAUUGCAUUAGUUUAUUGCAAGACAUAUCUUUUUUUAUCAUAUCUGACAAUGAAAAGCAGUAUUACAACACAUUUUGCACUAUUCUCAGUAAACACUAAUGUACCUCACACUAUAUGUACAUCGGCUUUAUCAGACAGCUGUGUUUUAACAGAACUGAUUUCUUAAAUGCUUUGAAAUACAGGUACAUCUGUUUUGUAUUAUUGUUUUUUCACAUCAAAAUCAUUUUCAUGUAACUUCUAUAGGAGUAUAUUUUACAUAUUUGAAAAUAAAAACAUUUUGUCAAUGCUUUGUA